UCAACUUUUGGGUCUCAGCAGGAGUGAAGCUAAUGCAGCUUAAAAUAAUGCCGAAAAAGAAGCGCUUAUCGGCAGGCAAAGUGCCCCUGAUUCUCUUCCUGUGCCAGAUGAUUAGUGCACUGGAAGUACCUCUUGAUCAAAAACUUCUCGAAGACUUGGUACAACCUCCCACCAUCACACAACAGUCUCCAAAAGACUAUAUCAUUGACCCUCGGGAGAAUAUCGUCAUCCAGUGCGAAGCCAAAGGAAAGCCACCUCCAAGCUUUUCCUGGACACGUAAUGGGACUCAUUUUGACAUAGAUAAGGACCCUCUGGUUACCAUGAAACCUGGCUCAGGAACGCUCAUAAUCAACAUCAUGAGCGAAGGGAAAGCAGAAACAUAUGAAGGAGUCUAUCAGUGUACAGCAAGGAAUGAGCGAGGAGCCGCCAUUUCCAACAACAUUGUCAUCCGCCCAUCCAGAUCACCUUUGUGGACCAAAGAAAAACUUGAACCAAUGAUACUUCAAAAUGGUCAACCAUUAGUACUUCCCUGCAGACCCCCAAUUGGAUUACCACCAGCUAUAAUAUUUUGGAUGGAUAAUUCAUUUCAGAGACUUCCACAAAGUGAGAGGGUUUCUCAAGGUCUGAAUGGAGAUCUUUAUUUUUCCAAUGUCCUCCCGGAGGACACCCGGGAAGACUAUAUCUGCUAUGCCAGAUUUAAUCACACUCAGACCAUACAACAGAAGCAACCCAUAUCUGUGAAGGUGAUUUCAGUGGAUGAAUUGAAUGACACUCUAGCUGCUAAUUUGAGUGACACUGAGUUUUAUAGUGCUAGAUCAAGUAGAGAGAGGCCACCAACAUUUUUAACCCCAGAAGGCAAUGCGAGUCACAAAGAGGAAUUAAGAGGAAAUGUGCUUUCGCUGGAGUGCAUUGCAGAAGGCCUACCAACACCUAUUAUUUACUGGAUAAAAGAAGACGGAACACUACCCAUCAACAGAACAUUUUAUCGGAACUUUAAGAAAACAUUGCAGAUCACUCAUGUUUCAGAAGCAGACUCUGGAAACUACCAGUGCAUAGCAAAAAAUCCACUGGGAGCCAUUCAUCACACCAUUUCUGUCACAGUUAAAGCGGCUCCAUACUGGAUUGUGGCACCUCAAAAUCUUGUGCUGUCUCCAGGAGAGGAUGGGUCCCUGAUUUGCAGAGCUAACGGCAACCCCAAACCCAGAAUUAGCUGGUUAACAAAUGGAGUCCCAGUAGAAAUUGCUCCUGAUGACCCCAGCAGAAAAAUAGAUGGUGACACCAUUAUUUUUUCAAAUGUUCAAGAAAGAUCAAGUGCAGUUUAUCAGUGCAAUGCCUCCAAUGAGUAUGGGUAUUUACUGGCAAAUGCAUUUGUAAAUGUGCUCGCUGAGCCACCACGAAUCCUUACAUCUGCAAAUACACUGUACCAGGUCAUUGCAAAUAGCCCUGCCUUGCUAGACUGUGCCUUCUUUGGGUCUCCUCUGCCUACUAUUGAGUGGUUUAAAGGAGCUAAAGGAAGGGCUCUUCAUGAAGACAUUUAUGUUUUGCAUGAAAAUGGAACUCUAGAAAUUCCUGUGGCACAGAAGGAUAGUACAGGAACGUAUACGUGUGUUGCAAGGAAUAAAUUGGGCAUGGCCAAGAAUGAAGUUCACUUAGAAAUCAAAGAUCCCACGAGGAUCAUUAAACAACCUGAAUAUGCAAUUGUGCAAAGGGGGAGCACUGUGUCCUUUGAAUGCAAAGUGAAACAUGAUCACACCUUAAUUCCUACUGUCAUGUGGCUUAAGGACAAUGGUGAGCUGCCCAAUGAUGAAAGGUUCACUGUUGACAAAGACCACUUGGCAGUCACUGAUGUGGAUGAUGGAGAUGCUGGAACCUACACAUGUGUAGCCAACACAACACUGGACAAGGUUUCUGCUAGUGCUGUGCUCAGCGUUGUUGCUCCUACUCCAACUCCAGCUCCCAUUUACGAUGUCCCAAAUCCUCCCAUUGAUUUAGAAUUAACGAAUCAACUCGACAAAAGUGUUCAGCUGUCCUGGACCCCAGGCGAUGACAACAAUAGCCCUAUCACAAAAUUCAUCAUUGAAUAUGAAGAUACAAUACAUGAGGUGGGACUGUGGCACCACCAAGCUGAAGUUCCUGGAACACAGACCACAGCCCAGCUGAUGCUGUCUCCUUAUGUGAACUAUUCUUUCCGUGUGACGGCAGUGAACAACAUCGGCCAGAGCUUGCCCAGUAAGGCAUCAGAACAGUAUUUCACAAAAGCUGCAGAACCAGAUACAAAUCCCACAGCGGUGGAAGGACUUGGGUCAGAGCCAGAUAAUUUGGUGAUUACAUGGAAGCCCUUGAAUGGUUUUGAAUCAAAUGGGCCAGGCCUUCAGUACAAAGUGAGCUGGCGCCAGAAAGAUGGUGAUGAUGAAUGGACAUCUGUGCUUGUGGCAAACGUGUCGAAAUAUAUUGUCUCCGGCACACCAACCUUUGUCCCCUAUCUGAUCAAAGUGCAGGCCCUGAACAAUGUGGGCUUUGCUCCAGAACCAGCUGAAGUCAUGGGCCAUUCUGGAGAAGACCUCCCAAUGGUGGCUCCUGGGAAUGUGCAGGUAAAUGUGGUUAACAAUACCUUGGCUGAGGUUCACUGGGACCCAGUACCUCUGAAAAGUAUCCGAGGACACCUACAAGGCUAUCGGAUCUACUACUGGAAAAUCCAGAGUUCAUCCAGAAGGGACAAGCGUCACAUUGAAAAAAAGAUCCUUACCUUCCAGGGCAGCAAGACUCAUGGCAUGCUGCCUGGGCUGGAGCCCUUCAGCCAUUAUGCGCUCAACGUCCGAGUGGUCAACGGGAAAGGGGAGGGCCCAGCCAGCCCCGACAGGGUCUUCCACACUCCAGAAGGAGUCCCUAGUGCUCCAUCAUCUUUGAAGAUUGUUAAUCCUUCCCUGGACUCUCUCACUUUGGAAUGGGAUCCACCAAGUCACCCAAAUGGCAUUUUGACUGAGUACACCCUAAAAUACCAACCAAUUAAUAGCACUCAUGAAUUAGGCCCUCUGUUAGAUUUAAAAAUUCCUGCCAACAAGACAAGCUGGAUUUUAAAAAACUUAAAUUUCAGCACUCGAUACAAGUUUUACUUCUAUGCACAUACAUCAGCAGGACCAGGCAGUCAUCUUACAGAGGAAGCAGUCACAACUAUGGAUGCAGGUAAGAUGGCUGGUAUUCUUCCACCUGAUGUAGGUGCAGGCAAAGUUCAAGCAGUAAAUCCCAGGAUCAGCAAUCUAACUGCCACGGCUGCUGAGACGUAUGCCAAUAUCAGUUGGGAAUAUGAGGGACCAGAACGUGUGAAAUUUUAUGUUGAAUAUGGUGUAGCAGGCAGCAAAGAAGAUUGGAGAAAAGAAAUUGUAAAUGGUUCUCGGAGCUUCUUUGGGUUAAAGGGUCUAAUGCCAGGAACAGCAUACAAAGUUCGAGUUGGUGCUGAGGGGGACUCUGAUUUUGUGAGUUCAGAGGAUGUUUUUGAGACAGGCCCAGCAAUGGCAAGUCGUCAGGUGGAUAUUGCUACUCAGGGCUGGUUCAUAGGUCUAAUGUGUGCUGUCGCUCUCCUCAUCUUAAUUUUGUUGAUCGUUUGCUUCAUCAGAAGAAAUAAGGGUGGUAAAUACCCAGUUAAAGAAAAGGAAGACGCCCAUGCGGACCCUGAAAUCCAGCCGAUGAAGGAAGAUGAUGGGACUUUUGGUGAAUAUAGUGAUGCAGAAGACCAUAAGCCUUUGAAAAAAGGAAGCCGAACACCUUCAGAUAGGACUGUGAAAAAAGAAGACAGUGAUGACAGCCUGGUUGACUAUGGAGAGGGGGUGAAUGGCCAGUUCAAUGAAGAUGGCUCCUUUAUUGGACAAUACAGUGGUAAGAAAGAGAAAGAACCAGCCGAGGGAAAUGAGAGCUCGGAGGCACCUUCUCCUGUCAACGCCAUGAAUUCCUUUGUUUAAUUUGGAAACUCUUCGCCAAUGCUCCAUUUCUCUAGAACGUUUAUCUGAGCACUUGUUUGUUAGCCUUCUCAUAGUAUAAACAUAUGGGUAGGAAGUCCAUUUCUGCUAUAUGUAAAUAAUAUGAGAACGGUUAGAGUAAGAACAUCAUUCUAAUGAUAUGUCAAUGUGAACUGGGGUGCAAAGUGCAUUAAUUCUUCAUUCAACAGGGUUUGGUUUCUUUCCAAUUUCCUCAGAACUGAUAAAAUGAUGCAACAUCAUCAACAGAUCAUGUUAUUUCUUCUUCAGGAUACAGGAUGCAUGAAAAAUGCUACAUACUUAAAGGACCUACCUGUGUAUCUUAUUAAACAUGGUUUGAUACUUUGUUUAUACUGUCCUCCGCUGAACCCCUAAAUAUGAAUUCCGUUUUCAUUGUCAAGAGUGUUACAGUAGUAUUCCCUAGAACUUCAAUGUCUUUGUGGACAUUGUUGUGAAUUUGGUGACUCUAUGUCUAGCUGUUGUUAGUCUUUUGGGGGAGACUGUUAGGAACAGUGUGUACAGUAUAUUCUUGCUAAAUGAGAUCACUAUGACAGUUGCUGAUGCUUACUGAUGCUUACUGAAACUCUCUUACCUGCUCUUCACUCCUGUCACUUCUUAAGCUUCUAAUAUUCCAGGUAUUACAGCAGCACAGUGUUCUUCUGCUUUUUACAUUAUCUCUGUGUCUGGUUGUUUUGAGGCAAACAAGUGUAUUGCGAUGCAUUUCAGCAAUUGUGCCAUACUGAAAGAACUGAAUUAAAUCACUCCAAUUAAAUCUCAAAAGGUAUUCUAGAAAACACAGAGCAAGACACAUGUAGUGCCUUCAGACAAUAAGCAUUCCAUAACACUGCAUUCUGUACCAACUGGGGCAGCCAGCUCCAUCCCACGUUUCUGUCAUUGCCCACAAGUGACUUUUGAAAGGCAGAGA